AUGGCAGAAUGUGCGGGACCCUGCUCACUUAUUCAUCAAAUCUGUGUUCAACAUCUCCGAGAGAGCGGGCCAUAUAUGUCAGGCUACAUGUCCAUUGUAGUACAACUGUGGCCUGUCCAUGUCAUCUUCACUCUGGGAGUAAAUGUUGAUAAAGCAGAUGAUGAAGAUGAUGAGGAUUUAACAGUGAACAAAACAUGGGUAUUGGCACCAAAAAUUCAUGAAGGAGAUAUAACACAAAUUCUCAACUCGCUGCUACAAGGCUAUGACAAUAAACUUCGUCCAGAUAUUGGAGUGAGGCCCACUGUAAUAGAAACUGAUGUUUAUGUAAACAGCAUUGGACCUGUUGACCCUAUAAACAUGGAAUACACAAUAGAUAUAAUUUUUGCCCAAACCUGGUUUGACAGUCGUUUAAAGUUCAAUAGCACCAUGAAAGUGCUUAUGCUUAACAGUAAUAUGGUUGGAAAAAUUUGGAUUCCUGACACUUUCUUCAGAAACUCAAGAAAAUCUGAUGCCCACUGGAUAACAACUCCCAACCGUCUGCUACGAAUUUGGAAUGACGGACGAGUUCUGUAUACCCUAAGACUGACGAUAAAUGCUGAAUGUUACCUUCAGCUUCAUAACUUUCCUAUGGAUGAACAUUCUUGUCCACUGGAAUUUUCAAGCUAUGGAUACCCUAAAAAUGAAAUUGAGUAUAAGUGGAAAAAGCCCUCUGUAGAAGUAGCUGAUCCUAAAUACUGGAGAUUAUAUCAGUUUGCCUUUGUAGGAUUACGGAACUCAACUGAAAUCUCUCACACCAUCUCUGGGGAUUAUAUUAUCAUGACGAUUUUUUUUGAUCUGAGUAGACGAAUGGGAUACUUCACCAUUCAAACCUACAUUCCAUGUAUUCUAACGGUUGUUCUUUCUUGGGUGUCUUUUUGGAUCAAUAAAGAUGCAGUACCUGCAAGAACAUCACUGGGUAUUACCACAGUUUUGACUAUGACAACCCUGAGUACAAUUGCCAGGAAAUCUUUACCUAAAGUUUCUUAUGUGACAGCGAUGGAUCUCUUCGUUUCUGUUUGCUUCAUUUUUGUUUUUGCAGCCUUAAUGGAAUAUGGAACGUUGCAUUAUUUUACCAGCAACAAAAAAGGAAAGACCGCUAGAGAUAGGAAACUAAAAAACAAGGCUUCGGCAUCCCCUGGUGUCCAUGCUGGAUCCACUCUAAUUCCUAUGAACACCAUUUCUCUGCCUCAAGCAGAAGAUGACUAUGGGUACCAGUGUUUGGAGGGCAAAGAUUGCGCCAGCUUCUUCUGCUGCUUUGAAGACUGCAGAACGGGAUCCUGGAGGGAAGGAAGGAUUCACAUACGCAUUGCCAAAAUUGACUCCUAUUCGCGAAUAUUUUUCCCAACUGCUUUUGCCCUGUUCAAUUUGGUUUACUGGGUUGGUUAUCUUUACUUAUAAAUUCUGUGACUAGGCUGCAAUGAUAAGAGGUCUGACUGAAUCCAAUGUAAUGUUGUAUUUCAGUAACAUGAAGUUUAAAUUUAAAAUGCAGAGAAUCCAGAGGUUAGAUUCUGUACACUAUUGCAACUGUUUUAAGGCUUUCCUAGGUAAAUAAAACUUAUU